CUGCGGCACGGAAGGGGGAGGAAAACAGCUGGCUGGGCGACACACGACACACCGGAAUCGGGUGGAACUGCGCGAAAAGAAGAAUGCUGCGUGCCGUGAGCGCGGCGCUGCGAGGAGUUGCAGCGAGAGCGACGAGCAGUAAAAGUGUAGUAAAUUGCGUUGCUUCAAGAUGCAAUCCCGUUUUGAAGUCUGUACAGCAUAGAGAGUUCGGAGCGCUAUCAAUCGCUGUUCAGAAAUGGGCAACUGUCGGACCUGUGCAACAUAAAACAUUACUAAACCAUGCAGGGACGGAAAAUCGUCUGGCUUUGCCAGCCGAACCUGUUACUAACGUGCCAGUGAGAACGUUAAUCAAGUUCUCUCUAACGUCGGGAAAGCGGAAGACUGUGAAGACGGUUAUAGACCGUUUCUACCGUUUGCACUGGGGUAUCUGGAUCAGAACGAGGUCGGGUCGACAUAACAAGUUGUGGACGAAGACGACCGCCAGGAAGAAGAGACUGCGCCGACACGUGUUCUGCAAUGCCACGCAGUCGACGCUACUGGACAAGAUGACGUCCAAGUAUUGGCGCAGACGGCAUUAUUACAUUGACGAUCCGUACGAGCCGUAUCACGACCGCGAAGAGUUUAUGAUCACUCGGAAAAACCCAUUACCUUAAUUCUUACCUAAUUAUUAAUUGCUAGACUAAGCUUUCAAGUUACAAUUGUUAAAUUGUAAGCUUUUUGAUUUAAGGGGUAUUAAAGAUGAUGCUGUUAAAGU